UUAUAGCCCAUUCAUUCCAUUGGGCCGCGCAGCGGCGGGCGGGGCGGGCGUUGCGCCGCCGGCCGGGCCCGCGCUCGCCGCCAUUUUGCUCGGCGUCGGGGAGGUCGGUUGGGGGUGGCGGGACCCCCCGGGCCGCUCCCGCGGCGCUGAGGCGGCCCCAGCGCCGCCCGUUACUGCGAGCGUGAGGGCAGGAAUCCAUCUCGUGUGCCACCGGCCAAGGCGUGCCGCCGCACACCAAUGUCACUGGUUACAGGCUUCACACCUUUGCCAACACCUUGGUCGAGGGUUCAAACACGGAUCUGAUAAUGCAAUAUCCCAGAGUGAGAGUUACUGGUGAAUGCAACGCAGUACAGAGGGUUAUCUGAUUUAGCUGGGAACACUACCUGCACGUCCAAGGUGACAAUCAUCAGCCAACUACAAGCUUGUCACCAUGAGUUUUGUUGAAUAUGGAGAUACGAUAAAGGAUGGUGACACGGCUAUUGUGUUCCUGGGCCACGAGUCCAUGUUUCCUGUGAAAGUGCAGCAUGGCUCUGUAACACAGACUAAGUAUGGGGUCAUCAGGCAUUCCACAGACCUCAUAGGCAAGAAGUAUGGCUCCAAAGUGACCUGCAGUAAAGGAGGAUGGGUGUUCAUUCUUCAUCCAACUCCAGAACUGUGGACCAUGAAUCUCCCACACAGGACGCAAAUUCUGUAUUCCACUGACAUCUCCAUAAUCACCAUGAUGUUGGAACUGAAGCCAGGCUCCAUAGUAUGUGAAUCAGGUACAGGCAGUGGGUCCCUCUCCCAUGCUCUCAUCCGGACAGUGGCUCCCACCGGGCACCUGUACACAGUGGAGUUCCACCAGCAAAGGGCUGAGAAGGCGCGGGAGGAGUUUCGGGAGCACGGGGUGGAGCACCUGGUCACUGUGACCAACCAGGAUGUCUGCAAAAAUGGCUUUGGGGUCUCAAACAUUGCAGAUGCUGUGUUCCUAGAUAUUCCAUCUCCAUGGGAAGCCAUAGGACAUGCCAAGUCAGCAUUAAAAGCUGAAGGUGGCCGCAUCUGCUCUUUCUCCCCCUGCAUUGAACAAGUUCAAAGAACCUGCCUAGCGAUGGAAGAAUAUGGUUUUACAGAGAUUAACACCUUGGAAAUUCUGCUCCGAGUGUACAAUGUAAGGACAGUUAGCUUGCAAAUCCCUGACCUUGGAAAAGCAGCUGAGGAUAAUUCUAGCACUGGCUUUGACAGCAGCAACCCAUCACAUCAAGACAGCCCGUGUGCUAAUCUGCAGCAAGGGACUGUGCAGUUCAAGAGUGGCGUGCCACUGAGGGAGGUGGUUGGGCACACUGGGUACCUGACCUUUGCCACCAAGAGCCUGGUGUAGUACAUGCCCAGUUUGUGCAGUCUGGAGUGGAGUUUGUGUGUAUUCUGUUUUCAUGGCUCUUUUUUGUAUGGCAUCCAAAGUUUUACUUGUCAGGGAAUUCCAUAUAUAGUCAGAUUUGGUUGGAAUAUGCUUUGUUUAAAUAGCACACACGCAUUAAGCAGAGCAGCAUCAAGGGAAUGUUGGAACUCUGGAAUGGUGCUCCACUUGCUGUCAGAAAGAAGAUAAAUGAAUAGCAAAUAGCCAUUCACUGGAAUGUACAGAAUUAAGAUCUCUCACAAGAAAGCAAAACAAACAACGGACAAAUUACAAAUAAGUUGGAUUUUUUCCUCCUUUUUUCCUGAAUUACUUUCCCAGGUUUAUGUUUUUAUUUUUUUUCCUAGCACCACUGGACACUAUUUUUUUAACUUCUCUAGUGUCUGUGUUGCUCUGAAGAAUGUGCAAGUGCCUACUUCCUCCGUUUUAGAUAAGAAAGUUCCAAGAUUAUAGGGUUGCCAGCACAACUGUUCAUAGAAUCAGUGUUUCCAUGGAAUAGUGUUGCAGAGGAUUAUUGGCAACACACAACCUCUUACUCCAUUCCAGGCUGGCAUCUGCAAAUCAUUUUGACUACACAGAGGUCAAAGAAGUGUAGUAAUUGUUGGAUUUAAUUUAAAUUGGUAUAUUGUCCUCAUCAGUUUGUAGUAGAAAUUUGAACCUAGAUCCAUACAGUCAUGCUCUAAUAGAACAACCACUUGCAUAGUUAAUGAAUCCACUGUGAAAAUUAACUGAACAGCUGGCUAAUAUUAUCUGAGCACCUCUUUGUAAGUGGUGUGGAUGAGGUUCCAGUUGUUUGGUGGUUUAUUUCCAUUAUGUUGUAUUGUUUUUCUGCAGCUGAAUGACAGAAAGAUUGCUUUUGGCAGGAUUUCUGUCUCCAAAUUACAUUAAUAAUGCACACUUAGUAAAAUCCUCAACCAGCCUUAUUAAUUAAGUUUUCAGAUCAUUUACUCUUUGGUCUUCCAUACAGAGCUGGUGGGUGUGAUGAACUGUUUGAAUGCUGGAUUACAUUUUGUAUUUAUAGAUUAAAAUAAUAAUGCAAAUUAA